UCCUGCUUUGUACAUACAGCUGCUUUACUCUGCAUUGAAUGCACGGUAGCGAGGCUGCUCUGUCAUUAAACAUAAACUGAUCCUCAUCUUUAAGUACACUGGAAGCUGCAAAUUAUCUCAAGAUCACUUCAAAGGUCUCAUCAAGCAGAAGGUGACGUUAGGAGAUGAUUUAAAGGUGAAAAUGACAAGGUUUCCACCCCUCAAAGCUUGGCCACUUUUCUGACAACACAGGCUGAGAGCUCUGAUGUCUUCCUUACUCUGCAAAUAGGAUUGGUAACGAAAAAGAGAAUUUUUUUUUUAAUCCUGAUAAAGAAGAUUAUUGGGAAGCUAUUUAAAAUCUCUUAUUGUGGUACAGAUGGAUUUUAAAAAGUGUUAGAUCUUUCCAAUGAACACUAAUAGAGUGCUCUGUUCUUGGUUGGAUUUCUCAGAGAAUGGCAGUGGUCUCUGCAAUGUCUUGGGUCCUGUAUUUGUGGAUAAGUGCCUGUGCAAUGCUGCUCUGUCAGGGAUCUCUUCAUCACACUUUCCAGCAGCAUCACCUGCACAGACCAGAAGGAGGAACGUGUGAAGUGAUAGCAGCACACAGAUGCUGUAAUAAGAAUCGAAUUGAGGAAAGAUCACAAACAGUAAAAUGCUCCUGCCUCCCUGGGAAAGUGGCUGGAACAACACGAAACAGACCUUCCUGUGUUGACGCAUCUAUAGUGAUUGGAAAAUGGUGGUGUGAAAUGGAGCCCUGCCUAGAGGGAGAAGAAUGCAAGACGUUACCUGAUAAUUCGGGAUGGAUGUGUGCAACUGGCAAUAAAAUCAAGACCACCAGAAUUCAUCCAAGAACCUAAUGGAAUCUCCCAGGUGGAUGUGAUGAGAGAACCACUACUUUACAGAGGACAACCUAUGAAACGUUUGAACCAUCUCAAGCAUUUACAAGCCAAAUGGAUUUCUUAUUUGCACUUGGACUAUUUACCAGAUAAUAACAGUGGCUUUACUCUGUGAAAUAAAAUAUUCUAUGGAAAUAAUGUCCCAGAUUUUUGACAACAGAAAAGAAUAAUGAAGAAAAAUGGUUCUUUGGUAAACUUUUCGUGAUUAUGAAGUAUGAACAACAAUCUUAUAAAUUUGGAUCUACAAUUUACUUUAUACCAUUUAAAAGUAUAUAUAUAUAUAUAUAUAUAUAAAUAUAUAUGAUAUUUUGAAAUAAAGCCUCACCCUUCGAGAAAUUAAAUAGAACCACACUUUGCUGCAGCUGAGGAAAUACGUUUUUUUAUGAUCUGGAAGACACCUACCAGUUUCAGAGCAGUCAACAGGGGGAGCAAAUCCGCUGCAGCACAAGGACAUCUACAGCUAAAAGAAUCAUGAAGAUGCCAAGUCACAAGC